AUGGAUUUGGAAACAGCACGUGCCAAUUAUCCAAACAGACUAGAGAGGUUAGAAGAAGAACGUCUUAUGGACAUGCCUUUCGAUGUUAGUGAACCUCAAGUUGAAGGACACGACGGCUUUGCCAGAUUCUACUGGAAACAUGACGAACAAUUGCAUCCUUUGAGAAGGAAAAAAGGUAGUGCAGAGGAUGGUCAUGCUCCCAUGGAAAGAACAAGAUAUGCAUAUGAAAAGUAUCGUGAAGUUAGAAGUCAAAUUACAUCUGGUCGAACCUUUACAGUAAACUUUGACGAAGGAAAGAACAAAGAAGGCUUCAUGGGUGUACUUGCUGCCAUACAAGACGGAAAUAAGAAAGGACACAAUCUCAGAUUGACCAUAACAGAUUUGGAUGGUCACAUUUACUAUGCACAUGGCAAUGAACAAACAGCCGCAAAACUUCUUGACGCUUUCAAGACUACAAAGAGAGAACAAAUGGUUGACUCCGACUCAGACAUUUUGAAUGCAAUUGAAGGAAUUGCAAGUGUCAAGUUCGAAUGGUACCAACCUAACCCUCAAGCAGUCAGACAACAUG